AUCCUGUUAGCCACUAGAAAAAUCUCUCUAUUUCUUUCCAUCACUCCUAUCCAAAAUACAAUCUUUUUCCUCCCGCUACCGUCGAGGUGUGAUCGGCGGCGGGGGCGGCGGCAACUUUCCGGGUUCUAACAGCGUCAUGGCAUCACCAGCAUCACCCUGUAGAUCUUUUAUUUGGUAUCUGUAGCUGCUUUUGGACCUUCUGCUGCGUUAGUAUUGCUCUAAAGAGGAGAAAAGGGCCAAAAGGCCCAUUUUUAGGAGAUGGGAGGGGACAAAAUUAGUGAGAGGACUUUGAGGUACAGAAGGAGGUCAACCAUUGUUGUUGGAGCAAAGAAGCAGAGGUGCAUCCCUAGAAAAAAGCAGAAGACUGAAUACAGACCUUGGGCAGAUCUUCACGAAGACAUGUUGAGGAUUAUCAAGAGCAAGUUAUGCCUUUCUGAUCAAGUAAGGCUUAGUGCAGUUUGUAAAAGUUGGCAGCUUUCUGGGAGACCGCUGAUGGCAAUGGCCUAUUUCUCUAAGCAUUGCUAUUCUGCAAUCUCGCCGGAUCCAUGGGAUGACUCAUCUGAUCGAGAUGUUACCUUUGCAUGCGAGAUUUAUGACUCUUGUGGUGGAAAGAUUCACAAGGCUAGUUAUAAUAUAUCAGAAAGAGGUUGGCCUUCUUUUUUCUACCGAUGGCCAGAGGUUUGUGCUUCCAAAGAGGGCUGGUUGCUUAUAGUGGACUGUGCACACACUGCUGGAACUGUCACCUUUUGUAACCCUUUUUCCAACCUUGUUUUAUCAGUACCCAGAUUGGGACAUCAGAUAGAUGUGGCAACUUUCUCUACAAUCCCUACUUCGUCGAACUGCAUAAUCUUUGUUUUCUAUCGUAGUUGGGGCAAGACACACCUUGGUACUUACCGUUUUGGUGAUAAAAGUUGGACCAAACUAAUAAUUGCCGAGAGAAAAGCUGCAGCAGAAGUAUUGAGCAUGUUAUACAUCGAGGGGGUACUCUAUUAUGUUUUUGAGGAUGGAAUGUUGGGCUGCUUUAGUUAUUCCGGGAAAUAUUGCAGUGUACUUACUGAAAGGUUUCCCAAACGCGAUUCUAAAAGCUCCUUUGUUAGCUAUCACCUGGUUGAACACAGGGAACAGAUUCUCUUGGCAACCGCAGAUGAGGACGCCAAUUGGUGUAUUUUCAGAUAUGAUGAGUCUCAGAUGAAAUGGAUUGCUGGGAUAAGCUUAGGAAAGUGGGCAUUAUGCGUAAGUAGUAAUUCGUUUGUAGUACAAGCUGUUGGGGAUCAAGUUGACCUUGCAGACUGUAUUUGCUACUUUGACUAUGAAACCCAUGAUUUGAAGGUGUACUCGUUAAAGGAUAAGCAAUUGAAGGAUCCGCAGCAUAAAAUACUGACAUCUAGCGGUACUUUCGACCUCAAACAUGACCUUACAAUCUGGAUUGAACCUCCUAAUAUUUGAAAGGGAAUGACCAUGUAAGCUUGCUAAUAUUUGGAAGGGACAGUUUAGUUGCUUUAGUUCUCAUAGACAACAAUUUGGUGGAUCCUUAUAAAAUUUCAGUAUCAAGCCCUUUGGUUGAGGAUAAUUUAAGAAUUUUUCAUUUACUAUGGUGACUUUGUUAUAAAAUGGAUAUCCAGUACAGACUGAGGUGGGAAUAGGAUAUUGCCUGCAAAUGACUCAAAGCCAUUUCGGUUUUCUCAUUGCCAGAAACAUGUGAAAGAGGGGAUCUGAUGUUUGUAUUCAGGGGUUAGAUGAUAUAGUAUAUUGCAUCAAAAGUUGGGCUACUCAGACCAGUGCUGCUGGUUAGUGGUUACUUGAAAUGUUUGUCUUGUAAAUAACGAUCUCAAAAAUUUGUUAUUCAUAUCCUUGGCAAAUUCUCAUUACUGGACUUAAACG